AAUGUUGUGGCACACAAGGUCAGGGCCCUGCUGGCGGUGGGGGCAGGAAGGAAUCCUGGCUCCUGGGGCAGCUCUAAUCUCAGGGCAGAGCACUUCCUGUAGAGCAGGCAAGACCCCACCCUAAACCAAACCCUGAGGAUACAGGCUAAGGUCCUGCCACCACCUUUUCUUCUGAGCUGUAGACACUUGGCAGUGGAGUCCUGGGGAGGGCGCUCUCCCUGGCAAUUCUCAGACCCCAGCACAUCUUUGCCCUGCAUGAUGCCCCUAGGCUUUCUCGUAGGUCAGCCUCCAUACUACCACCUUCCUCCCCCACAUAUAUUCACACACACAUUGCUUCCAUGGACACACUGGAAACCUUUGAUUCUCAGCUGGUAUUUGGGAGUGGGCAGCAAUGGCUUCAUGAAGCUACACGCAGAUGUGCCCCUCCCAUGGAGCUGGACACCACUGGAGUAUAGACCGCUCAGACGUGGCCACAGCACUGCCAUCCAGGCUGGAGGGGCAGGGAAGGAUUGCCUCUCAUCUGGACCUAGACCCUGGUCCCCCUGUGCCACCAUGCUUUUCUGCCCCACAUCCUUGCCAGCCUUUGCUCCAGCCCACCCUCAGUCUCCCCACACCCAAGGUUUGGGGCCCAUUUUGACAUUUAACACUUGGUGCAGCCCACACCACCCCUUGCAUCUCUCCCGUGGUCUGCUUUCCCCUUCCUUGAGGGGAACAGAUGUGAGGAGGCUGUGGUGUCAGGAGAGACAAUCAGAGUGGGGGAGGAAGCGGGAGUGCCGAGCAUGGCUAGGGCACAGGAAGGGCCGGGCCAUCCCAUCGGGGAAGUAGGAGGGGGCUGAGGUGCCUGGAGGGAAGCGCCUGCUGCCCUGGGCUCAGAGCUACUAACCUAGCAGCAGGCUGACUCCAUAACGGUGCCCCAGAGUUACUCGGUUCAGCUGCAGCAGCAUCGCGGCCCCCCAGGGAUCCACCCCCAGGCAGUGUGGCGCAGGGCCUGGCGAGACCAUGGCCCGCCUCUUCAGUCCCCGGCAGCCCCCCAGCGAAGACCUCUUCUACGAGACCUACUACAGCCUGAGCCAACAGUACCCACUGCUGCUGCUGCUGCUGCUGAUCGUGCUCUUGGGGCUCCUGGCGCUGCUCCCUGUGGCCUGGGCAAGUGGCAGGGAGCUGGCCGCAGACCCAGCCUUCCUGACCACUGUGCUGUGCGCUCUGGGCGGCUUCUCACUGCUGCUGGUCCUGGCUUCCCGGGAGCAGCGACUGCAGCGCUGGACGCGCCCCCUGUCGGGCCUCGUGUGGGCAGCACUGCUCGCACUAGGCCACAGCUUCCUGUUCACUGGGGGCGUGGUGAGCGCCUGGGACCAGGUGUCCUUUUUCCUUUUUGUCAUCUUCACUGUGUAUGCCAUGUUGCCCUUGGACAUGCGGGACGCCAUCACCGCGGGUGUCACCUCCUCACUCUCACACUUGCUGAUCCUUGGGCUGUAUCUUGGGCCUCAGCCUGACUCUCGGCCGGCGCUGCUGCCACAGCUGGCUGCAAACGCGGUGCUGUUCCUGUGCGGGAACGCGGCCGGAGCCUAUCACAAGGCGCUGAUGGAGCGCGCGCUGCGCGCCACGUUCCGGGAGGCGCUUAGUUCCCUGCAUUCGCGGCGGAGACUGGACACCGAGAAGAAGCAUCAGGAACACCUUCUCUUGUCCAUCCUUCCUGCCUACCUGGCCCGAGAGAUGAAGGAGGAGAUCAUGGCACGACUGCAGGCUGGACAGGGGUCACGGCCAGAGAGCACCAACAACUUCCACAGCCUCUAUGUCAAGAGGCACCAGGGAGUCAGCGUGCUGUAUGCUGACAUCGUGGGCUUCACGCGACUGGCCAGUGAGUGCUCCCCUAAGGAGUUGGUGCUUAUGCUCAACGAGCUCUUUGGCAAGUUCGACCAAAUCGCCAAGGAGCACGAAUGCAUGCGGAUCAAGAUCCUAGGAGACUGUUACUACUGUGUCUCCGGGCUGCCGCUCUCACUGCCUGACCACGCCAUCAACUGCGUGCGCAUGGGGCUGGACAUGUGCCGGGCCAUCAGGAAACUUCGGGCAGCCACAGGCGUGGAUAUCAACAUGCGUGUGGGCGUGCACUCAGGCAGCGUGCUCUGCGGGGUCAUCGGGCUACAGAAAUGGCAGUAUGAUGUCUGGUCCCAUGAUGUCACUCUGGCCAACCACAUGGAGGCGAGUGGCGUGCCAGGACGAGUACAUAUCACAGGGGCUACGCUGGCCCUGCUGGCCGGGGCUUAUGCUGUGGAGGAUGCAGCCAUGGAACACCGGGACCCAUACCUUCGGGAGCUAGGGGAGCCGACCUACCUGGUCAUCGACCCCUGGGCUGCAGAGGAGGACGAGAAGGGCACUGCAGGAGGGUUGCUGUCCUCUCUUGAGGGCUCCAAGAUGCGUCCAUCACUGCUGAUGACCCGCUACCUGGAGUCCUGGGGUGCAGCCAAGCCUUUCGCCCACCUGAGCCACGUAGAGAGCCCUGUGUCCACAUCUACCCCUCUCCCGGAGAAGGCCCUGUCUUCCUUCAGCCCCCAGUGGAGCCUGGACCGGAGCCGUACCAUGCGGGGACCUGAUGAGGAACUAGACACUGGGGAUGCCAAGUUCUUCCAGGUCAUCGAACAGCUCAAUUCUCAGAAACAGUGGAAACAGUCAAAGGACUUCAAUCCACUGACACUGUACUUCAGAGAGAAGGAGAUGGAGAAAGAGGUGAUGAGCAGCACUGGCGCCGACCCCUCCCCAUCCCUCGCAGUAUCGGCUCUCUGCACUCCCCGCCUUCAAAUACUAUGCAGCCUGCACCUUCCUGGUUUUUCUCUCCAACUUCAUUAUCCAGAUGCUGGUGACAUACAGGCCUCCAGCUCUGACCAUCACCUAUGGCAUCACCUUCCUCCUCUUCUUCCUCCUCCUCUUCAUCUGCUUCUCAGAGUACCUGAUGGUGAGAAGUGUGUCUUGAAAGGCCCCAAGAUGCUGCACUGGCUACCUACCCUGUCUGUCCUGGUGGCCACACGGCCAGGACUGCGAGUGGCUCUGGGCACCGCUACCAUCCUGCUCGUCUUCGUCAUGGCCAUUACCAGUCUGGUCUUCUUACCAGCAACAUCAGCCUGCCCUUUCCAGGCUCCCAAUGUGUCCUCCAUGGCUUCCAACCUCUCCUGGGAGCUCCCUGGGUCCCUGCCUCUCAUCAGCAUCCCAUACUCCAUGCACUGCUGCGUGUUGGGCUUCCUCUCCUGCUCCCUCUUCCUGCACAUGAGCUUUGAGCUGAAGCUGCUGCUGCUCUUGCUGUGGUUGACGGCCUCCUGCUCCGUCUUCCUGCACUCCCACGCCUGGUUGUCCGACUGCCUCAUCGCCCGCCUCUACCUGGGCACCUUGGACUCCAGGCCAGGGGUACUGAAGGAGCCCAAACUGAUGGGAGCAGUCUCCUUCUUCAUCUUCUUCUUCACCCUCCUAGUCCUGGCUCGGCAGAACGAAUAUUACUGCCGCCUGGACUUUCUGUGGAAGAAGAAGCUGAGGCAAGAGCAGGAGGAGACGGAGACGAUGGAGAACCUGACUCGGCUGCUCUUGGAGAACGUGCUCCCUGCACACGUGGCCCCCCAGUUCAUUGGUCAGAAUCGGCGCAAUGAGGACCUCUACCACCAGUCCUAUGAGUGUGUGUGUGUCCUCUUCGCCUCGGUCCCAGACUUCAAGGAGUUCUACUCUGAAUCCAGCAUCAAUCAUGAGGGGCUAGAGUGUCUGCGGCUGCUCAAUGAGAUAAUCGCUGAUUUUGAUGAGCUGCUCUCCAAGCCCAAGUUCAGUGGGGUGGAGAAGAUCAAAACUAUCUGCAGCACCUACAUGGCAGCUACCGGCUUGAACGCCACCUCUGGACAGGAUGCACAGCAGGAUGCUGAGCAAAGCUGCAGCCACCUUGGCACCAUGGUAGAGUUUGCUGUGGCCCUUGGGUCUAAGCUGGAUGUCAUCAACAAGCACUCAUUCAACAACUUCCGCUUGCGUGUAGGGUUAAACCACGGACCUGUAGUGGCUGGAGUGAUUGGGGCCCAGAAACCACAAUAUGACAUCUGGGGCAACACGGUGAACGUGGCCAGCCGCAUGGAGAGCACAGGUGUCCUGGGCAAGAUUCAGGUAACAGAAGAGACAGCCUGGGCCCUGCAGUCCUUAGGCUACACCUGCUACAGCCGGGGCAUCAUCAAGGUCAAAGGCAAAGGGCAGCUCUGCACCUACUUCUUGAAUACAGAUUUGACACGAACUGGACCUCCCUCAGCCACCCUAGGCUGAGAACCCAUCCCCGUCCUCUCCAUCUGUAAGCUCCUCAGUAAAGAGACUCUGGUAUGUCUGGGUUAGAACUGAUGUCAGGAGCUGCUAGUUUAGCUGAGGAGCAUCUUCUCCUAGCCUCUCAGUAGGACUGCUUCUUCCCAGGCCACACUGAAUGUAUGUGUGCAAGUGUGAGCAUGAGUGUGUUAAAAAGGAGUGAUUUUUUCUCACAAGCUCAGCAAAAGGACUGCCUCUGCCUCCCUGCCUGCCAACCUGAUUCCAGUAUUGGAUACCCUUGGAAGUAGAAAGAAUUUUAUCCACAUGACUCAAAACAAAGACUUGUCCUCUCCUGCUUCCCACCCACAAAUACUGGAAAGAAUCUCCAGGAAAAUGUCAUUUGAUUUUUAUUUACACAACAAACACUAAAUAAGCACCUGUUAUGUGCUCACUAUGUAGCAUGGGUGGGAGGCCUGGGAUAUAAUCUAUUAGGUCCCUCCUCAUUUCAGCUGCUGUUCUCAAGCUGACCCACCAUGCUUUCUAGCAAGGACAUGUAUACAGUUGGGGGUCUCCAAUUCUCAGGUCUCUCAGAUUCUCCAUUGCUUCCUUUUGCCUCCUGCCCAGAUGCUGAUAUUACAUAGGUCCUAAAGCAUCCAUGGCUCAUUCCUGCUCACAUUUUGGGGUCCAUGAGAGGUAUCUUGAUGUGCAGAAGUUACACAAGGAUUUUUGACUUUUCUCCUAGGUGUCUUUCUCUUUUUAUGCAAGAGAUUCAAAAAGUAAACUGCUGCUACCAUCUUCUUAAAAUGCUGUCAGAACACAGCCAGUCCAAGGCUCUCCAAGACAACAGUCUUCCCAAGUAAAGAAUGACCCAACCCUCU